UCAAUCAGAUUUGGAAAUGUGGAUAUGCCCUGCGUGCAAGCCCAGUAUAGCCCUUCGCCUCCGGGGUCCAGUUAUGCAGCACAGACGUAUGGCUCUGAAUACACCACGGAAAUCAUGAACCCCGACUAUGCCAAGCUGACCAUGGACCUCGGCAGUACAGAGAUCACGGCCACUGCCACGACGUCCCUGCCCAGUUUCAGUACCUUCAUGGAGGGUUACUCCAGCAGCUACGAACUCAAGCCCUCCUGCCUGUACCAAAUGCCUCCUUCUGGGCCGCGGCCUUUGAUCAAGAUGGAAGAGGGCCGCGCGCAGGGCUACCAUCAUCAUCACCAUCACCACCACCAUCACCAUCACCAUCACCAGCAGCAGCAGCAGCAGCAGCCGUCCAUUCCUCCUCCCUCUGGCCCGGAAGACGAGGUACUGCCUAGCACCUCCAUGUACUUCAAGCAGUCCCCGCCGUCCACCCCUACCACGCCGGGCUUCCCCCCGCAAGCGGGGGCGCUGUGGGAAGAUGCGCUGCCUUCGGCUCCAGGCUGCAUUGCGCCUGGCCCGCUGCUGGACCCGCCGAUGAAAGCAGUGUCCACCGUGGCGGGCGCGCGCUUCCCGCUCUUCCACUUCAAGCCCUCGCCGCCACACCCUCCAGCGCCCAGCCCGGCCGGCGGCCACCACCUCGGUUAUGACCCGACGGCCGCUGCAGCGCUCAGCCUGCCGCUGGGAGCCGCGGCCGCCGCUGGCAGCCAGGCUGCCGCGCUCGAGGGCCACCCAUACGGGCUGCCGCUGGCCAAGAGAGCGGCCGCGCUGGCCUUCCCGCCGCUGGGCCUCACUGCCUCCCCUACCGCGACCAGCCUGCUGGGCGAGAGUCCCAGCCUGCCAUCGCCCCCCAACAGGAGCUCGUCUUCCGGAGAGGGCACCUGCGCUGUGUGCGGGGACAACGCCGCCUGCCAGCACUAUGGGGUGCGCACCUGUGAGGGCUGCAAGGGCUUCUUCAAGAGAACGGUGCAGAAAAAUGCAAAAUAUGUUUGCCUGGCAAAUAAAAACUGCCCAGUAGACAAGAGACGUCGAAACCGAUGUCAGUACUGUCGAUUUCAGAAGUGUCUCAGUGUCGGAAUGGUUAAAGAAGUUGUUCGUACAGAUAGUCUGAAAGGGAGGAGAGGUCGGCUGCCUUCCAAACCAAAGAGCCCACUACAGCAGGAACCUUCUCAGCCCUCCCCACCUUCUCCUCCGAUCUGUAUGAUGAAUGCCCUUGUCCGAGCUUUAACAGACUCAACACCCAGAGAUCUUGAUUAUUCCAGAUACUGUCCCACUGACCAGGCCACUGCAGGCACAGAUGCUGAGCACGUGCAACAGUUCUACAACCUUCUGACAGCCUCCAUUGAUGUAUCCAGAAGCUGGGCAGAAAAGAUUCCAGGAUUUACUGAUCUCCCCAAAGAAGAUCAGACAUUACUUAUAGAAUCAGCCUUUUUGGAGCUGUUUGUUCUCAGACUUUCCAUCAGGUCAAACACUGCUGAAGAUAAGUUUGUGUUCUGCAAUGGACUUGUCCUGCACCGACUUCAGUGCCUUCGUGGAUUUGGGGAGUGGCUCGACUCCAUUAAAGACUUUUCCUUAAAUUUGCAGAGCCUGAACCUUGAUAUCCAAGCCUUAGCCUGCCUGUCAGCACUGAGCAUGAUCACAGAAAGACAUGGGUUAAAAGAACCAAAGAGAGUGGAGGAGCUAUGCAACAAGAUCACAAGCAGCUUAAAAGACCACCAGAGUAAGGGACAGGCUCUGGAGCCCACCGAGCCCAAGGUGCUGGGUGCCCUGGUAGAACUGAGGAAGAUCUGCACCCUGGGCCUCCAGCGCAUCUUCUACCUGAAGCUGGAAGACUUGGUGGCUCCGCCUUCCAUCAUCGACAAGCUCUUCCUGGAUACCCUACCUUUCUAA